GCGCGCUCGCCGCAGUCCUCUCGUGCUGUACUGUAAUCAUAUGACAGGGAGUCGGACCCCGCCGCCGAAUACCGACACACCGGGGAGACACGAGCCAAGGUCGCCGGGGCGGAGGGCACCAGUUGAUGGUAGCUCUGUAGCAGAAGGAGCGCAAGGCGGAGGCGGCCGAAGUGUCAAACAAGUGCCAAACUCCCCCCUUAACUUUUUCAAAACUCUGGAGAGAGCCGAGCCGAGGGGUUGGGGGGGAGAACCGUUGAAGAGGACAGGACUCACGAACCGAGGGACAGUCCGCUGUGCCCGGAGCUGAGAGUCGAGUCUGGUCCGGUAGUGUGCGGGUCGUGGCUGGUGGAACCCCCUUUCUCUCCCCUGGGAUCGUCGCUUUUUUUUUUUAUUUAAAAGAAAAGUUGAUAGGAUUUCCCUGCUAGCUAGGUCACCCGAAUCAAAAGCCAUGGUCGGGGAGACAGAGGUGAAGGAAAGACCCAAGUCCAACCCGGACUAUCUGAUGCAGCUGAUGAACGACAGGAAGGUGAUGAGCUCCCUGCCCAACUUCAGCGGCAUCUUCACGCAUCUGGAGCGGCUGCUGGAUGAAGAGAUCGGCAGGGUGCGCAAAGACAUGUACAACGACACGCUAAAUGGUGGCAUGUUCAACGGGCGGGACAUGGAGGAGCUCCCCGAGGCCAUCGGACCUGUUGCUCAGCUGCAGGAGAAGCUCUACGUGCCUGUCAAAGAGUACCCCGAUUUCAAUUUUGUAGGAAGGAUCCUGGGUCCACGUGGCCUGACAGCCAAGCAGCUAGAGGCAGAGACCGGCUGCAAGAUUAUGGUGCGAGGAAAGGGCUCCAUGAGAGACAAGAAGAAGGAGGAGAUGAACCGAGGGAAACCCAACUGGGAGCACCUCAGCGAGGACCUUCACGUCCUGAUCACUGUGGAGGACACGCACAACCGCGCCAAGAUCAAGCUCCAGCGAGCCAUCAACGAGGUCAAGAAACUUCUGGUGCCCGCUGCUGAGGGGGAGGACAACCUGAAGAAAAUGCAGCUGAUGGAGCUGGCCAUUCUCAAUGGGACCUACAGAGAUGCCAAUGUCAAGACACCCACUGCCGGCUUCCCGCUAGCGACCCCUCAGGCGCCUCGAAUCAUCACAGGCCCAACACCCGUCCUGCCUCCCAACCUGCGAAACCCUGCCCCGGUGACCACGCCCACCAUCAUGCCUCUGAUCCGUCAGAUCCAAAGCUCCGCCCUUGUGCCGGGAGCCAAUCCACAUCCAGCACUGGUGCAGCAAGGACCCGAAUCUGGAAUCAUCUACACGCCUUACGAGUAUCCCUACACACUCACGCCCUCCAUAUUGGAAUACCCGAUUGACUCAACUGGAGUAUUAGGUAUGGCAUUCCCAACCAAAGGCUAAGCAAUAGCAAUCCCUUCCUAGCACACACCUGGACUGGCUUGCAGAGACCCCCACCCUCACCUGCUCCCCCUCACACACACGCACACCCUUCACCACCAUUCACCCCACACAAACAUAUAGUUAUCCCACAGAGCAGACAGUCAGUUUGUUUCUACUUUAGGAUGAGAGAUUCCUGUUAAUUUCCCUAUGUUUGUCGUAGCUAUCUAGCAUUGUGGUGUGAUAACUACUUACCUUUUUAUAAUAAUUCAGCUUCUGCUUGUAAUUUUUAACGCAUUUUAGUGAACCUGUAGAUGUUUUAGAGCUGCUGUUUGCGAUUUAACAUAUGGUAAAAGCUUGUUUUGAUCACAGAGCUAUAAAUGUGACUUUUGCUUAAAGCUGAUUUUGAAUCUACUAGUUAAGGUUAGUUGAAAACUAGCAGUGUGGAUUAAUAUUUUCUUUAGGGAGCAGAAGACCACAAAACAACAAAAGAUUCUCUUUAAGAGGCUUUUUUUUUUCCACCCUUUUUCACCCUCAGACUCAAGAACUUGUAAAUUCCUGGUGUCACUGACGUUGGUGCCUUGGGUGGGACUGUCUGUUGUCUUUCUGAUGAGUAACCCUUCUGUGUUUUGUUUUUGGGGGAAAUAUCAAUGACUGUUAGCAGGUGCCAUGACCACUAAGGUACGACGCCACGACAAGAGAAUCCAUCCUUACCAAAGGGUAGUGACCACAGACAGAGGUUAGUUAGCUCACCAGCCACUCUUAUGUGUAUCUGUGUGUGAGUUAGUGUGUGUGCAUGCAGACCAAUGGACCAAUUCCAGUUUACACGAGUCUUUAAUAAGGCAUGCCUUAAAAGAAAAAGAUGAAAUCGCAGCAGGCGUAACGUGUGAAAGUGAAAUGUGUGAUGGGAUUGUGGAGGUGACAGCUGCUCGCCUGUUUGCCCAAACCGGACAGCUCGCAGGGCCGCGGCCCGCUCAUGUGACUCGGCCCUUGUGACUCCUCUGAGUCGUCUCUCUGAAAACGUUACAUUUCUCCACCUAAGUACUACUUCUGAUCAAGUAAACACUGUGGAAACUUUUAUUUAUACUCAACUUCAUUCCACUAGAUUUCCACAGAUUUUUGUUGUUUUUAUAUAUAUAUAAUGAAUUAAAUCCUGUGUAAUUCCCAAUUCUCACAUGACAGUUAAAGUAAAAUAUGAGAUGACACAGCGUGUGAUAACUACUGAAGUCUGUGUUACGAGCUCUUUUGUAUGAAAUACUGUUGCUUGUGGUCUUAUCAGUCGCCCACUGGACUUUAUCAUUGGGACUGUUUACAUCUUUCAUUUAUUUCCUAGCCAGAGUGGUGCUGUUACCAUGUAUUUAGCUGCAAAAUAAAUUUGUAUAUAGGGAUUUUAAGGAUUUAAGUGCUUAUAUGAAGCUUACGGAACAAGAUCGCCUGGAAAUACCUGUAGUUUUUUUUAGUUUGUAAAUUUUUUUUGUUUUGUUUUAUGAUAUGCUUUUUAUAGAUGAAGUGUCUCCAUGUAAACUGUAUUCAAAAUGUGUAGCUACUACUGUUUUAGUCACCGCGAAGGUGGCAAUGAAGGCAGUGUUUUUCUGUGUAUUUAAGAUGAGGUGACCUUCUUGAUUUUGCAGGCCUCCAGACUGUUAUAUGCAAUAGAAAUUGAGAAAUGGAUUAGCUAGCUACAAUAUAUAUAUAUUUAUAUAUAUAUAGAUAUAUAGAUAUAUAUAUAUGUGUGUGUGUGUGUGUGUGCGAGCAGUGGUGCUCCUAUUGUAUACGAUGGACAAAAAACACUAAAAGGCAAUAAAGAUGAGUAUUGAAACAAAUCUCCAAAUCAAACCAAAGCCUGGAAAUUCUUGUAGUUUAGCCUGUUUAUUGUUAAAUUGUCCCUCAAGUCCUUCUAAAGUCAUCUGUUAACCUCUCAUUACUGUCUUUACUGCACUAGGUGCUGCUCUAAUACUUCAUAGUCAAUACAGGUACAUCUCAGUACAGUAGAGUGUCCCUGAUCAUUUGAUUUAUUUCAGUAAUUCAAUUCAAAAACUGAAACUCCUGCAUUUUUUAUGGAUUUGUUACAUACAGAGUGAUAUGUUUCAGCUGUUGGAAUGAUUAUGGCUUACAGCAAAUAAAAAUAAAAAAUGCACUCCCUCUGUAAAGAAGGAAACAGCAUAAAACCAAUUAAAAGAUUAUUUUUUUAAGACAGAAAUGUUAGUUUGCUGAAAAGCCUACAGUACAGUGCCUCAAUAUGGGGCUCCUUUUGCAUGAAUCACUGAUCACAUUUUCCCACUGACUGUGAGAACGUCGCACUGGACUUCAUGCAGCUUGGAUUCUUUGCCUUUCUGCUCUUCCCCCAGACUUCGGGAAAUGGAUUUCCAAAUGAAAUACAAACUGAUUUUCAUCUAAAGCCUUUUAUUUGCAAGUGUGGUUUUAACAUUAGGAAUGCAAUGCUGGGUCUCAAAGCACAGACUCCAACUGCAGUUCACAAUCUUCUAAAGGCUGUCGCUAUUGCUUCUGCAUUUUCCCCUUUCCGCCCCCUAUACUUUUCACCUUCCACUCAACUUUCCACCAGUACACUUGGAAACAACACUUAAAAGAGUUUUUGUGAUUUCAGUGACUAUCCGCUGGACAACUGUCAAGUCAAGCAGCUUUCUCCAUGACUUUUUAGACAAUAUAUUCUGAGAAAAUUUUAGGUUUUCAUUAACUGUAAGCCAUAAUCAUCAUCAAAAUUAACCAAACGCUUGAAAUCUCUCUCUCUCUCUCUCUGUGUAUUAAACCUAUUUUGAACUAAAUUACUGAAAUAAACUACCCUUUCAUUGAUAUUCUAAUUUAUUGAGAUGGACCUGAAAACCAAUAAUCAGUUAAUCACAACUCUUAAUCAUCCAGAUCUUACUCCUACUGCUCUAAACAAUAGCUCUACUUGUCAGUGAGUGAAAGGCCUGGAGAACUUUUCUUUGGACAUAAAGGUCACUCUCUCACCCACAUGAAACCAUGCUGCCUCCCUCUCUUGUCCAUGGUUUCACUGUCUGUCUGUGCUAGACAUAGCCCAGCUAGCAUGAGUAGUGUCACUAUAGCAGCAGUCUGGCAGCAGGAGGGAAACCCUGCAGAUGCCUCCAUGAGCACAUGGGAGCAUCUCUAACCAGCCAUUCCUUGUGUCAACACACCAAGGUUGAUGCGAGUCCUUGUGAAUGGUUCUGCGGUGCUCAUGCAGGCGUUUCGUAACGACCCUCACGCUGCGCGGACCGCACUAGAUCUGCCUUGUUGUCAUCCCGACGCCACUAGCUGACACUAAUCUCUCUUCUAUCUUUUUUUCUUUUUAUGUCCCCCCCUUUUAUGUGCCCUUUUUGUUUCCUUUCCUCGUCUGUCCGUCUCUGU